CUAGGAGGAGAUUCCAGGAAGCUUCUGACAAGGACUGCCAGAAGGUCUCUGGAGGGACGAAGUCCGGCGCCUCCUUUCCCCUCAUAGAUAGAGAGCGCCCCAGCUCUCUCUAUCUCUCCCCCCUCCUCCCCUGGCCGGCUGUAGUUCUAGUCCCGGCCGGGCUGCCAUUGGCUUAGCGGCCCCAUCCGGGCACUUGGCGCAUCGCUGCUGCUCAGCCCGAGCGCUCCCAAUAUGGCGGAGGCUUCCUUUGGGAGUUCGAGCCCAGGUUUGUCCUCUUCAGUUCCUUCCUCUGUGAUUCCGGCAGUGGGAAGCUUUUGGUUGGCUCUUUAUCUUCUGAGGAUCAUGACUUUGACCCUACAGCUGAAAUGUUGGUACAUGACUAUGAUGAUGAGAGAACUCUUGAAGAGGAAGAAAUGAUGGAUGGGGGCAAAAAUUUCAGUUCUGAAAUUGAAGACUUGGAGAAGGAAGGAAGCAUGCCUUUAGAAGAUUUACUAGCAUUCUAUGGCUAUGAACCUACAAUUCCUGUUAUAGCAAGUUCCAGUGCAGAUAGCUCCCCAAGUGAACUUGCAGAUGAACUGCCAGAUAUGACUUUGGAUAAAGAGGAAAUAGCCAAAGACCUGUUGUCAGGGGAUGAUGAAGAAACACAGUCUUCUGCUGAUGAUUUGACACCAUCAGUUACUUCUCAUGAAACUACAGACUUCUUCCCUCGGCCUUUAAGAUCAAACACUAUAUGUGAUGGUGAUAAAGAAUCAGAUGGUGAAGAUGUGGAGGUGGAUACUGGUAAUUCAUCUGAAGAUUUACGAAAGGAAAUAAUGAUUGGUUCACAGUACCAAGCAGAAAUUCCACCUUAUUUAGGCAAAAGCUGUGACAGUGAAAAAGUGUAUGAAAAUGAUGAUCAGCUACUUUGGCAGCCUGAUGUGAUUUCAGACAGUAAAGUUAAAGAGUACCUUUUUGAAACUUCUUUAAGAACUGGAAAUGAAAAAGUGAUUGGCCGAAUUCCUGAAGGAAUGCACACAAGGGAUAAUGAACAAGCACUCUAUGAACUCUUAAAAUGCAACCACAAUAUAAAGGAAGCAAUUGAGAGGUACUGCUCAAAUGGAAAGUCAUCUCAAGAGAUGACAGCCUGGACUGAAGAGGAAUGUAGAAAUUUUGAACAUGCACUUCUGAUUUAUGGGAAAGAUUUUCAUCUUAUACAAAAAAAUAAGGUGAGAACCAGAUCAGUUGCUGAAUGUGUAGCAUUUUAUUAUAUGUGGAAGAAAUCAGAACGGUAUGAUUACUUUGCUCAGCAAACAAGAUUUGGAAAAAAGAAGUACAACCACCAUCCUGGAGUCACGGACUAUAUGGAUCGAUUGGUAGAUGAAGCAGAAGCUCUUGGUGGAGCCGUACAUACUUCAGCCAUAACAGCAAACAGCAGAGCAGAGCCUAUUCCUGAUCAACAGCUAAGCAUCCUGAACUCUAUCACUGCCAAUGAUUUAACAGCACUCACCAACAGCGUAGCAACAGUCUGCCACUCUACAGAUGUGAACUGCUUAGAUGAUGCCUUCCCACCUCUGGACAGCUUGCCCCGAACAGCAGUUAAUCAUGUGCCUGUUGUAACAGAAGAUUUGCUUAACUUGCCUAGUAAUGGCGAAAGUGAUUGUUUUAAUUUAUUUGAGACUGGAUUUUAUCACUCAGAGUUAAACCCAAUGAACAUGUGCACCGAGGAGUCUGAAAGGCCUGCCAAGAGAUUAAAAAUGGGAAUCACAGUCCCAGAAUCCUUCAUGAAUGACGUCUCUGUAAAUAACUUGGGUGUUGAUUUUGAGAAUCACACACAUCACAUUACAAGUGCCAAAAUGGCAGUCUCAGUGGCCGACUUCAGCAGUUUAUCUGCAAAUGAGACAAAUGGCUUCAUCAGUGCCCAUGCAUUACACCAGCAUACUGCGCUUCACUCAGAAUGAAUAUGGCAGCCAAUCGAACAAAUGGUGGACCCUAUUGACAGUUCAUGGUAAACUUGAUAGGAAUGAUCAGGUUUGCUUAGUCUUUCACUGGAAGUUUGAACUAUGACAUCAGUGAUGUCUUUAUGUACAGAACUAUAUCUUGAUUUAUCAAGAGUAUUUUCACUUUUUCCAAUCCAUAAAUGUGGAAACUUCAUAUGAUGUUUAGCAGAGUUUGAGGACUAAGAGAACUCUGUGGUGCAGCUUUAAGCUCUGCUUUCUAUUUCUUUUUAAACCUGUAGACAGAGACUGCUGUCUCAAAACCAGCACAGAAGUUUUGAACUGAUUGGAGUGGCUUUGUAGUCUUAAGUUGCUUCUGAUCUAAUGGAUGCAGUGGAAUAACGAUUGUUUACAGGUACCAGUCCUGAUUCCUGCUCAAUGUAGCAUUUUAAAAAAGCAGGGAAAGGUUUCUUUAAUUUAAACUGCACAAACAUAUAAGGAUAUUUUUAAAUGGAACUUUCUCUCAUCCAAAAUUAAACCAGAGCACUUCAGUUUACAAAACAACAGGUUCAUCUUGAUGGAUGCUAGCACAAGAAACUGUAGGAGCACAGUCUGAAGACACACUUGGAUGCUCUUACCAAAUUACAGGCCAUGGCUACCUUACACAGAGAUGGUUAUGCUUUCUGAUGAUUUUUGUGUACUUAAACCUAUUGGCUCAAAUGAUGCGCAUAUUGUUUAGGAGUUAGUGGUGGGUUGUCCACAUUCUAAGGAAUAUAAUGUGAAAAACAACAUCAAAUGUUAUGUCACUUUUCCUAAGGCUGCUGACAGAUGAUGGUACAUUCUGCACAGUUUAGGACUUACCACUAAUGAUUUACAUCUGAGGAUUUGCCUUAAGUUCAGAGAACUGCAGUUCAAAAUGUUAAAGUUAUGAGGGAUGGUAGGUUUGUAGAUUGUGAUGAUGCAGUAAAACCUUGAAGCUUAUAAUUCAUUCAUUUCCUUCUUGGAUUGAUAAAGGCUCAAGUGCAUUUUAUAUUCCAGAGAGGAAACUUUGAUAGGUAUGUUUUUAUGUUACUGUGUUUUUUUAUACCUUUCAUGAAAUCAGAUUUGUGAAAAGCCGUUAGAGCUUUGGCCAUCGGUUAUUAAGUGAAAGUUAUCAAUUAUGUGUGCUGAGUGACACAUAUUUCUACAAAAAUAUUGACCUUUCUCAUAAUACAACUGAAAUGCAGUUUUGAACUUGGCACUAUUUAUAUUUAAAUUCUUUUAACUAUACUGCAAUUUUUAAAAAAUUUUGUUUCAGUGUUAGUAUUAAUGAUUUCAUGGUUGCACUGCAUAAAUAGGAAGCAAAUGCCUUAGUUAACACUUCAAAGGGAGGGUAUUUAUUCAGUAUACUGUGAACUGCAUUGACAUCCUGAGUUUAGAGAUGCAGCCUAGUGCUGUGUGCUUUUCACUGCAUUGUAACUUAAGAUGGCAUUGAAAGGUUCUACACAUUAGCACAUCUAACGUUUUAUCAACUUGAUUUAGCACAGUGGACAAAUGUUAUUGGUGAUCUGUUCCAAAUUAUGCCUCUAAAAUAGAUAAUUCUGAUAAGUACACAGUCAGUAAUGGGUAGCCUUGGCCGUGUCAUGUUCUGACACUUUUAGCCAAAUUGUCAGCUUCUUGUUGCUGUGAUUUGUGCUGAACUCUGUAUUUUGUUUCCUUUUUUUGUUUUUGGAUAAACACAUCUUAUAUAAUUUUGUAAAAUACUGGCCAUACCCCCCCCCGGGUUAUACAUUCAGGUUUAUGGGUUUACAGUGGCUGGUCUGUAUAAAAAGAAAACCAUUUCACAAAUGUGUGAAUGCAUAUACCAGUUGCACUUAUAUGAACACACAUCCAUUCUCAUUUAGCAGAUGCAGUACUAUGUUCAGUUUAUCUAUGCAUUGCUGGAGUCUUAAUGAAGACUGAGACAGUCUAGUUUCUUGUCUAAAAGUUUUGAUUGUCAGCAAGUUGAAUGGACACUUUAGUUAUUUAAUAAAGACUUUUGACCAAAAUUCUGAAUAUGGUAUGAGAGAACAAUGAAUUCUGGCUAGUUUUAAUAGAUUUUUAAUUGCUGAUCUAAUUUAGCCUGUGGGCUAGCUAGCUGGUAAUGUUUACUUUAAAUUCGUUGUUAAAAUGAGGCAAUAAUUUGCAAGAUUAUGUAAAUAUGUACAUUCUGCAUAUCUUUUUAGAUAUCUAUUUCAAUAUUUUCUGACUACUUCUGUGUAUAGUAACAUUUUGUGCAUGCUUGAUGUGACAUUCAUAAAUUUGUACCACUAUGACUUUAUUCAUGUAAAAUAGCUAUUUAUUGAAUUUUUCUUUUAAAAGCUGGACUUAACCUGUUUUUCCUCUAUUUUAAACAUUUUAAUGCAGAAAUUGCUACUGUUUAUUAAAAGGAUUGUGUUUGAGGAUCACUAUGGUGGCAGAAUUGCAACCAUAUGAAAAUUGAUUCUUAAUGUUUAAAGCACAAUUCUUCUAACAAACUGUGAUAACUUCAUUCAUUGCUGAGUGUAUUUUCCCGCUCCCUCCCCCUUCAUAAAAACAAACCAAAAAUCCAUCAUGGGCAAUUACAGUUUGGUAGGUGUAUCACUUAACUACAGGGACUCUGAAAAGAAUAGCUGAUUCACUUAGAAGUGUAACUGGUGCUGUGCUUAGAGCAAUACUUUGACUUCUGUUAGCCAUCCUCUCAUUGAUAGCUUUUUAAGUGUUUAUUUUUCUUCUUGUUAUGGUCAAAUUGUUGACUUUACUUGAAGGCUGUACAAUACUGUCUGAAGUAUACUACAUUGUGUACAAGUAGGUUAAUUUGUGCAGUUUUUCUUUUAAAACUGAGUCAAACCAUAUGUUAAUUUCAGAUCCGGUAGUGUAUUAAUGAUACUCUUUAAUUUAACCAAAGUCUUUAGUGGAUAUUUCAAGACUGAAUGUAAACUAGUGGAUAAACUGACCAUUAGAAGACUGUUUGCCCAGUGUUAUAAGCACAUUGUCUAUAAAUUGGAACUUAAUUUACACAGUAUCAUGGCUAUGAUUUUUCCAUGAGUGUGGGACAACUUUCCAGUUAUUGUUUAACAACAGUUGAGGAAACAACUAGUAAUACCAGUCAUUCCUAUAUACAGGUUGGUAUCCCCUGUGCAUAAUAACAUAAAUUAGUGACAAUCGCAACAUUUUAGUAUCUGAUGCCCAAGAUGAAGUUGCUAUUGUUGCAUUGGUUUUAAUAUUUGUACAUAAACACUGAUUUUUUUGAACAUUA